CUGUCAAACACAAACACAAAGGCAGAUCACACAUGGAAACAUAAUUAAUUUGACAGUAGACAAAUGAGGAGUAUAAAUUCUUGCACAUUUGCAAUGCAACAACUGAAUGAAAGUGCAAAUCUGAAAAGCAUCACAUUACAGCAACCAGAGCAGCCGAGCUCUCAGUGAGAUAUCACUUUAGUCUGUAUCAGGAGGGAUCAUCUCUGCAAACCUAAAACCCAUUUCCUUUCCUUGCUCUGCUUGCAUGCUAUCUGUCUGGUUGACUUGUUUUUUAUUUCCCUUUUGGUAAAGUCAGAGAUACCAAAGCACAGGCUGAAAGGCAGCCUCCUUUGCUCCUGCUAUGAUGAGAUAGCAGUAUGAAUUUUUGCAAAUUGGAUCAAGCAGAGUAUAGUUUUCCCCCCAAAGGUUAUGAUUUGUUUGCAUACCAAAAGAAACUCCCUGAAAAUGGAGAAUAUGAAUAUGCUAAAGAGAACCUACAUAUACCAUUUCAUCAAAUCAUUUUCAUACUGUGCUGCUAAGUGAGCAGCAUUAGGAGGAAGCUAUUACAUUUUUGACUCCGACACAGUAGUGUUGAAACGUUAGUCUGUUUGCACUAGUAAAAGCUGUGAAUUAAUCUGUGUGCUCCAGUCCCUUUUGUCCUCUGGAAAUGUUUUGUCCUCAUGCUGAGAAGCACCUGAUUCAUCUGUAUUUUGCUGGAAUAUGCACAGAGAACCCUGUUUCUACUAUUGCAUUCUCCACCAUGCCAUUCUUUUUCAACCCUGCAGGGCAACAUCCAAAAAAAAACAAAAAACAAAACUUACCAUCUAACACACAAAGACUGCUGUGUGACAAAAAGAGCACCACGAGUGAUACUAAUCACAUCACACAUUCACAUGGAGAACAGGGUCUUUCUGAGCUUCAGCUUGUUUAAUUCACAUGGUGAAGUCACAUCUAGAACACCAGAAGCAAAUUUCACCAGAUUUUGGGAAAGACCACAUCAACAGAGUCUAUAUCCCCCUGCUUUUACUGUGAUAAAAUAAUGCUUGAAGUGGAUGAGAAAUGGAGGGGUAUUGAAUGAAAAAAUGUAGGCUACAAAACAAAUGUUUUGUCCAUUUGCUUGUCUAUUUGCACGUGUUCAGGGCCAGCGUAAUCAGAAUGAAUCCACAGAUUGGGUAAACCCUGUAGGAUUACUUUAUGUUCCUACUUGACAUCUUUAAAGACUGGUAGCCUAGGCAAGUGACCAGGGCAUGCAGUGUAGUUCAGGUGCAUAGAGUGAGAAUUCUUUUAGAGGCAAGUAAAGGUCUUGAGGGAUUCAUUUUGCUGAGAAUUAGUGAAGUGGAACUUGCAUGAGAAGAGACUGGCCAAAACACGUCGGGGUAUGAGAUGUAAAAACUGUGAAUCUACAUGUGCAACGUGCAAAACAGCUUCACUGUUUCUCCUGCGUGUUGACAUCACCGGUCCACUACGGCCCCGCCUCCGUACUCUGAUCCCUCCUUGCAUCAGCACCAUUUCUGGCAUCCUCACCAAGUAUCGAGAGUGAGAGAGUGAGAGAGAGAGAGAGAGAGAGAGAGCGAGAGAGAGAGAGACUACCCAACCCCAGCAGAUCGUAGAGGCGUCAAACGGCCGCCAGAGCAUCCCGGUUACGCACUGUUCAGAGGCCUCAUCGACGGUUUGCAGCGCCUAAACAGCUGAAGAAGAAGUCAAACAUAGCCGGGCACACGGCCACAGCUAUAGUCAGUAAUGGAGAGCCUGCUGGAUAAUCCAAUGAAAGCCGUUCUUUACUUGAAGGAGCUCACCACUAUCGUCCAGAACCAGCAAAGCCUGAUCCAGACGCAGCGCCAACGCAUCGACGAACUCGAGCGAAAGGUAGAGGACCUGAUAGGAGAGAACCGACAGUUGCGGGACCCCCAUCACUACGUCCAGCAGCCCGCUCAACAUCACCACCACCACCACCACCCGACUCACCGCAGCGCCAGCCCCCAGGCGCCGGCCCACCUCCAUCAGCACCCGGGGAGCAACAAAGCUGCGGCUCACCUCGGCCAGCAGGCGCAGCAGCAGCAGCAGCAGCAGCAGCAGCCGCCGCAGCAGAUUCCCGGUCUAUCGGCCCAGCCUCAGCAGCAUCCGACCCCUCCUGCGCCGUCCUCCCACCACCCGCAGCAGCUGCAGCUCGUCCCCACCUCGCCGCAGUCACCCAAAGCGAGCCAAGCCAGCCCGGACUCCACCGAGGAGAACAAGAGGAGCCCCUGCUGCAAGUCCCUGGUUCCGCAGACUCCCACCACUCUCUGCCGCUCAGUUGGAUUGGCCAGGAAAGCGGACAACCAAACAGUGCUUCACCAGUUCUGCUGCCCUGCCCCAGAGGCCCCUGAGGGGGAGACCUCUACUGCCUGUGUCCCCAGCGAUGACCUUUCUCCAGACUCGUCUUUGGGGGAGGAAGGGAAGGGAGGAGAGGGGGAGCUGCAGAGUGAGGUCGAGUCACAACCACAACCACGGCCCCAGCAACAGCAGCAAGAGACUCAGCCACAGACUCAACCACCACAGCCACAACCCCAGUCUGAGCCCCAACCACAGACUCAACCUCAACCCCAGCCCGAAACCAAACCUCAGCCAGAACCCCAACUGAAACCCCAGACUGCACCGGACCCCGAGCCUAAGCCUGAGCCUGAGCCUGAGCCUCAGCCCCAAGUCGAGGCUCAGAGUGAGGAAGCAGCACAGGAUGCCCCUAAAGCCCCUUCACCUUGCAGAGAGGAGCAGACAGUGGGGGAGCGAGAGAAGGAAAAGUCGGAAGAAGUUGUGGAGGCAAAGAGAAUGCAAGAGGGUGAGGAGGCACAGGCUGAGCAGCGUGAGGGCGAUGCAGCGCAGGAAGAAGAGGAGGAGGAGGAGGAAGGGGCAGGAGCAAAAGGAGGUGGGGCGGGAAGGAGAGCCAGCCUGCACCACACGGCCUCGCCCUUGAGGGUGCAGCGCAACGGGGCCGGCUCGCACUCCGCCACCUCCGACUAUGAGCUCUCGCUUGACCUCAAAAAUAAGCAGAUCGAAAUGUUAGAGCACAAAUACGGUGGCCACCUCAUCUCCCGCCGUGCUGCCUGCAAGAUCCAGACUGCCUUCCGCCAGUACCAGCUCAGCAAGAACUUUGAGAAGAUCCGCAAUUCGCUGCUUGAGAGUCGUCUUCCUCGACGCAUCUCCCUGCGCAAGGUCCGUGUGCAAAACGCGGAAGGUUUCUCUGCUGAACGGGCCCUGGCAGAAGGCUGCAAUUUGGCAGGCAUCCCAUUGGUGCGCUCACCCUCGCUGCCUGCCACAGUUGGUGGCACCCUGACUGACCUUGAAGACUCCUUCACUGAACAGGUCCAGUCACUGGCAAAGUCCAUAGACGAUGCACUCAGCAACUGGAGCCUGAAGACCAUGUGUUCACUACAAGAAGGCGGCACUUAUCAGUUCAGUGCCGACUCCUUUAGUGCAGCAGCAGCAGCAGCAGCAGGAGUAGGAGGUGGAGGAGAAGGUGAUGGUGUGGGAGAGUCAACAAUUGCUCAAGGCCCGGUAGACCCAAGUGACCUGUCGAGAAGUGCUAGCAAGCUGAUGAUGGCGUUCCGGGAUGUGACGGUGCAGAUCGACAGCCAGAACUUCCGUGUUUCAUCCUCAGUCUUGGAAUCAUCAACUUCUGUCACCCUCGGCAGCUGCGUCCAACAAGAAGGAGCCGCCACCACUGUCACAACUACUUCCACAACAACAAACUCCACUCCAACCUUCAUUCCUCCUGGUCCCUCACAAGAACCCCCUCCUCCUCCUGCAGAGCUUCCAGCUGAACCCAUAGAUCCCCCACCGCCCCCACAAGAACCACCACCACCCCUAGAAUCAGAUACAGAAGGAGACGAGCAGGAUGUUGAAUUCCCUGCUCCUCCUCCAAGUGAAGAAGAGCUGGGGGAAGAAGAUCAACCUCCCCUAACCCCUCUGGAUAAGAUGGCUGCCCCUCAAAGCCCAGAGGAGAUUGUGGUGGUGGCACCACCACCCACAGAACCCCCUUAUGCUCCUCCACCACACGGGGCUGUACUGCUGGGGAGCUCGCCCGUGAUAGAGCCACUGGAGGUCAAGAGGUGUAGCUCCGAGACAGCAGACAACAGCUCAGAGCAGAUGAGCAGCAGCAGCACGUCGACAGAGGCACGCUCCACAUCUGAAGCCUCGUCCAAGGAAGCACUGCAGGCCAUGAUCCUCAGCCUGCCACGCUACCACUGUGAGAACCCCGCUAGCUGUAAAUCACCCACGCUGUCCACUGACGUCAUGCGAAAACGCCUCUACCGCAUUGGCCUCAACCUCUUCAAUGUAAACCCUGACAAGGGCCUUCAGUUCCUGAUCUCUCGAGGCUUCAUCCCAGACACACCCAUCGGCGUUGCCCACUUCCUGCUACAGAGAAAGGGCCUGAGCAGACAGAUGAUAGGAGAGUUCCUCGGCAACAGCAAGAAGCCCUUCAACAGAGAUGUCCUAGAUUGUGUGGUGGAUGAGAUGGAUUUCUCAGGCAUGGAGCUGGAUGAAGCACUGAGGAAGUUUCAGGCCCACAUUCGUGUCCAGGGAGAAGCCCAGAAGGUGGAACGUCUUAUCGAGGCCUUCAGUCAGCGCUACUGCAUGUGUAACCCCGACGUGGUGCAGCAGUUUCACAACCCAGACACGAUCUUCAUCCUGGCCUUCGCCAUCAUUCUGCUCAACACCGAUAUGUACAGUCCCAACAUCAAGCCCGACCGCAAGAUGUUGUUGGAGGACUUUAUACGCAAUCUAAGAGGUGUGGAUGAUGGAGCAGACAUCCCCAGAGAUAUGGUGGUGGGAAUCUAUGAAAGAAUACAGCAGAGGGAGUUACGCUCCAACGAAGACCACGUCACCUAUGUCUCCAAAGUUGAACAGUCCAUCGUCGGCAUGAAAACAGUUCUCUCUGUCCCUCACAGAAGACUGGUGUGCUGUAGUCGACUUUUUGAGGUGACUGAUGUCAACAAGGCCCAAAAACAGGCAGCACACCAGAGAGAAGUCUUCCUCUUCAAUGAUCUCAUUGUGAUCUUGAAGCUUUGUCCAAAGAAGAAGAGUUCUGCAGCCUACACUUUCUGCAAAGCUAUGGGCCUACUUGGCAUGCAGUUUCACCUGUUUGAAAAUGAAUACUACCCUCAUGGCAUCACCAUCCUCUCACCUUUUGGCUCAGACAAGAAGCAGGUACUUAACUUCUGUGCCCAAAGUGCUGAGGAGCUGCUCAAGUUUCUAGAAGACCUGAAGGAAUCAAUUGCGGAGGUGUCAGAGAUGGAGCAGAUACGCAUCGAGUGGGAGCUGGAAAAGCAGCAGGGAGCCAAGACUCACUCAGUAAAAAACAACAGCACACAGCUAGAGCUGCGUGGCAAACAGGGCUCCCCAUCAGGAAACCAGGAGGUAGAUGACAGAAGUGGACACAAUGCAGUAGAGGUGUCAAUUCACAACAGGCUUCAGACGUACCAGCUCAGCAGCAGCACGGCUCGGAGUCCCGAGAGCGUGGCCCUUCUUAACCACCAGGGGGAGCUGCUUUUCCAGCAGGGGCUCCAUGGGCUGCCCCAGGGGCUAACCCAGGGGCCGGCGCCUCCACCUCAGCACCCGCAGCUGCAGUCAGCGGCAAGCACCCCUGCCCACCACCUCCACCUCCAGCAGCACCACCAGCCCGCCGUCAGCAUGGCUGAUCUGCGGCCCGAGACACUUAUCCAGUGUCAGCAGAUCGUCAAGGUCAUCAUGCUGGACAACAGCGGCCACGGACGCAUGGAGGCCUUCCUCAGCCAAACGCCCACUCACCACCACUACCAGCAUCACCAUCACAGCCACCACCAGCUCAGUCAGUCAGCCAUGUCCACCCCAGUCCGCUCGCCAGACAGCUCCCAUGGCAACGACGGCCACCAGCCCCCGCUGCCUCCUCCACCUCCGCCUUACAACCACCCGCACCAGUAUAUACCCCCUGACCCCCGCCUCAGUCUACACCGGACCCCAAGUGGCUCUCGGAGCAUGGUGUAAAUAUAUUAAUUAGGAUUCUCACCCUGAAACACACGCUUCCACACACACUUAUCACCACCCAAACCCCACCCCUUCUCUACCUAUUUAAAAGUACAUAAUGUACAUAUAUACAUACAGAUGAAAGAGCUAUAAUGAAAAAAUGAAAUCUCACUUAUAUGCAUAUAUUUAAGGAAAAAAUAAACUAAAAGAAAAAUCAAGGUUUUAAAAGAUACGGAGAAAUAAGUGCAUAUAUAAAGUUUUACUUGAUUCCACAUGUAUUUUGAAAUAUUAUGUAGUUUUAACAAAUUUCUAUAACUUUUUGUCAGUUUUAACUCUUGCUAGAGAAAACACAGAUAUUCAGUUUCUGGAUGGAUUCCUUGUAGUUCCAGUAUUCACUAACAACAACAGAAAUACGUGAAUCCCUCAAACUUUUUUUGGAUUGUGAUGGAUGGACACACUCCAAGGACCUUCCGCUUCUGUUCGCUUUUAUCUUCCCAAACCUAAUGCCUACUGUGCUGUAUGUGCGCGUGCGUGCAUAGUUGACACUUAAAGAAAACAUGUGCCAAAAUACAUACGCCUCCACUAUACACUGACUUCUUUGCACUUGACUAAACGCUAGGGCUAGAAAAAAAAAAAAAAAAACUCCUUUGCUUUGAAAAAAUAGUCCUUUCACGCUUCUCCCUCAAGGAGCACAAAAAAUGAAUAACAAAACUGAUAUUUCAUAAAGUCUCCCCAUUCACGCUGUUGCUGAUUUAUUUAUGUGAUGGAGAGCCUUCUCUCUUCUUCUCUGCUCCCCUGGAUAAAAAAGAAAAGAAAAAAAAAAACGACAUCCUCCGAUAAGCUGUGUUUGUCAUCCGCUCCUCUGUUGUGUUGUGGCUCUCUAUCAUCAGAAAACACUCUCACCCAAUUGUCACUCUCCAUAGAUCACUCUACAGUGAAGGAUGAAAUGGAAACAAAGGCAACCAAUCACACGGAUUGCUGCCAAACCAAAAAGUCAGCCCAAGAUGGUCCUGUUGAUUGUUGUUUGUCUUUUACUCUUCAUGUUUAAUAUCGUUAACGCUUCCCAGGAGUUCUUGCAACAUUUAUCUGCUGAUGGAGGGAACGUUUUUCAUGUUUCGAAAUUGUUUGAGCUGCUGAAACUGCUCUUGGACUUUUCUAAAACGACAACGAUUCACCAUUCACAUGUAAUAUAUGUAAAACACACUGUGCUGUCAGCUGCUGUUUAUGAAAUCACCAUGAAUUUCCAUGAAGAAGCUUCUGCUACAACUGUUAAAUGUCAAGAUCUGUGUUUAUUUUGAUUUGCAUAAAGCAUAUUCCACCUUUUGUGUGUUUUUUCCGUGAGUGGAUAAAUGCAGGACCAAGUCCACCCACAAAACAUCCAGACACUGUCUCUUUAUGUCGGUACAACUCCCAGGUUUGGUUUCAGCUCCCUGUGACUGUUUUUCUCUUCGCUCCUAACCUUUCAGUCUGACAUUUUCAAAAAGGCAAAAACUACAGAGGCACACACACAGCUUAUAUUGCAAAUGCUGGCAUUAAUGGUAUUGUUUGUGCUGUUGGCUACCCUGCUUUAAAUAAGAAUGGGACAAAAAGAAUGCAUUAUCUGAUCUCUUUCUCUUUCAUCCCAGCCUUGAUUGUAAAUACCACAUUCAAGCAGUGUCGGAAAGGACAAGCAAGCUACCUUUAGCCCCUUAAAAAUGCUACCGCCCUGACACGCGUCCUUCAUUCUGAAAUAGGCCAGCAACUGCCCCAGCCUGAGUGCGUCCAUCUUUUAAACAUAAGCCCCAACAGGUACUGUGGAAUGGAUGCUCGGUUAACUCCGCUCCCAUCUGACCCCCAUCUGUCUGAUUUGUUGAUUUAUAAUCACAGAGACACUGCAGGGAGGUCUCUAUCUCAUCUUUCUGUCCUUUUUCCACUCACAAUUUCACCCAGUGGGAAAACAGAGGCUGCAGAAAAAACUGUCUGUUGUUCUGGCUGGCAGAGAUGAUAAGUGUGUGUGUGCGUGUGCGUGUGCGUGUGCGUGUGCGUGUGCGUGUGCGUGUGCGUGUGCGUGUGUGUGUGUGUGUGUGUGCUCAACCUCCUCACAGUAGCAUCCUUACUUUCCCGUAAACAAAUCCGACCUUUCUCCUGUUCAUCCCGGUAAUUGUUUUUGUUAUUAUUUCACAACACAAUGAGAAGAAUUAGUGCUUUCAAAAUGGAUGAAGAGCUAUUAUGAUAAUUUGAAUAUUUUUACUGGCUAUAAACAAACUUUUGGCACAUAACAUCAAAAGUUGGAUUUUACAUUGAUAGAUGAUUAUUAUAUGAUUGCUCAUUUAUUUGUUUAAAUCAACAUUUAGAUAUAAAGGGAUUCUUUUCUCAUGCAUGACAUCAGUUUGGAGGCCUGUUGAACUCUGAUUCCAAAAAGUCUUGAAUUUUUUUGUGCAUGACUGAAUUUGCUGUGCUGUGUGGGAGAUGAAGUUGACGGAUUUCUUUGUUAUGCUCUAAAAGUAUGUGGUAGAACUGGAAAAAAAAUAUUAUUUAUGACAGCAAACACCCCUUCAAGCAGAAAAUGGAUUUACAGUGGCAAAUUUGAGGCCUCUAGUUUGCCAAACCGUGGUCAUUCACUACCCUUUGUUUGUGGUUGCACAGUUUUUCCUACUUGACAAUGUGUUUAAGCAUUUUGGGAGAUAGACAUGCUGUGUGUGCAAUAAACAUGCAUAUGAGGCACACUGAAAAUCAUGACUAUGUUUGAAAGGGAACCAAUGUAGCAUUUUGAGAGUACAGAAUAUGAUAUGGAAGCGCAGUAGUGGCUAACUUUCUUAAAGAAACUGAAAAAAGGGCUCUGCCAUACCAGUGCAAUGCUUCAUGAAUGACAUGUGAAUCCUGUCUGGCUCUUUAACACUGUGUUUGCUCAUACUAGUUGAACAAAAAAAUAUUAAAAGUGGACAUAUUUAGGAUAAGACAGGUGGGAACUGAGUGUAACAGAUAUGAACCAUCACCUCCCUCAGUUGGCUUUGAAUCCCUCUCUACCUGUCUUUGCAGUAUAUAAACAUGCUAUUAAAGAUGAUUUAAGUCUA